AUGUCGGCAUCGAAGUUGGUCUCGGCCCAGGCCUUGGCGGCAGGGAACGGGCACGAGCACCAGUACCGUCCCAGUUUUGGCGUGGCCGAGCUUGUGCAUGACCUCCGAAAUCGUGUUCUUGGCGCCCUGCGUAUGCUCGGCUACGAGAUGGAAGAUGCGAUUGAAGGAGACCAUGCCGAUACCCUCGAUAACCAAGGUGUGAACGUACGCAAGGAACAACCUGAUGCCAUGUUGAUAGAAGUUCGGGUUCGUUGCCCAGGCAGGGAAACGGGCUCUUGA